CAGAUUUGACGUAAAUAGAAUGGAUGAUGAUGACAAGGAAAAUGAUGAUUACAAAGUUACAAUAUACCUUAACGAUAUACCGGUAGACAUGCAGAUCAACACCGGGUCACAAUUUUCGAUAUUGCCGAUUAAUAUUGCUAGAAAGAUAGGAAUCAAAGUCUUAAAUAAAUCGGAUACGAAAUUGACUGGCUAUGAUGGGGGAAGAAUAGAGGUGCUAGGAAUCGUUAAAAUAAAAGUGAGAUAUGAAGACAAAACUCAAAACUUAGAUGCUUUUAUAGUCCAAAAUGACAAAAUUGCAAUUCUGGGAAGGACGUGGAUAAAAGUUUUUGGGAACAUACUUAAUAAAAUUGUAAAUGUAAUCGAGGAUAAUGGAAAAGUAGAUAGUAAAAAUUAUGAAGAGAAAUGGGAUGAUCAAUACAAACAGCAAAUCAACAGCAAUGUUCAACCAACGACGUUUCAACAAUGAUGCUCAACCAACGAUGUUUCAUGAUGUUCGAUAAUCGAUUCAACUAACGAUAAUCAGUUGGUCAAACAAACAAUCAAAGAUAUAUGAACAAAUGACUUAUGGAGCACUUAAGAAACGAAUGACUGGAACUAAAUGGAAAGGUCAAGUGCAAACAACGGAUCAACAAACGAUGUUGGACGAGCGCUGAUACAAGGCACAAACUAAUUCGAGACAGAUCGACAAAUGAUUAAUGGAGCUAUGACAAAUGGAGGAAGAGUUCACUUAGAAAAAGGGGGAGAUGUUGAAUAUGACAUAUUAUAUUUAUAUUUUUUGAAGGUUUUUAUAUUAUAUGAUAUUCAAAAUAUCUUUUACAAAUUGUCUUUUAAAAAUUGUCUUUAACAAACCUUAUUUUUAUUUUGUGAAUAGUUACAAAAACUCAUUAUUGAA